AUGGUAAGUGUAGGAAUCAUUCUGCUUGUGACUAGUGAAGGGCCACGACCUGCUGUCAGAAGAAGGAAGCAUCAGCAUCAAGUCCAUGCUCAUGACACUCGUCUGCCAUCACAACAGCCAAAGGCACCAAAGCGAAAAGUGAAAAGUGAAGUGAUCAAUCUUUUACCAAAAAUUAAUGAGUCGAACAGGGAAAACUUAAAAUCACUAGUAACAUCUUUGAAUGAUAUCAGCACUAUCAUAUCCUCUUCAGGUGAUUUUCAUACUCUUAGAUCUUCCUCAAAUGGUAUUGGUACGCUUAGAUAUUCACAUGAUUUUCCUAGUCUUAAAUCUUACAACAAUUUCGGUACUCUGAAAUCAUUAUCGAAUGAUUUUAACACUCUUGAAAGCUGUAGAUCAGGAGACUACAGUGAUUAUCAAUGGUUUGAUGCCAAAGAUGAAAAAACUGAUUUAAUAGGUUGUGAAAAUAAAUUAAAUGUACCAGUUGAUGUCGGUGUUAAUGAGCAGUGCCAUGUGCUAGAAAGUCAUCAGAUCAGAAUAAUUCAAGAAAACUCAUGUAAGCGCAUAGAAGUUACAACACCUAAUCAUGGUGAUGUGCAGAUUGAAAGCAUGAAUGAGUUUAGUGUACAGACAAGAUGUGAUAUGCAGGAUGAUGAUUCUUCUUAUGAAGAUGCAGCAGCUAGUAUAGACAAUAUACAUUCUAAUCAGUUUGUGCAAAAUUUCACUGAGAAUCCUAGUUUAGCAUCAAAUACUGAUUCUGGAUCUCGUCAAGAAAAGACUGCUAGUGGCUUCUUUUCAUUCUUGCGUUGGUUCCGGAAAGGAAAGGAUGAUAAUGAUAACUGUGAGGCAGAUGAAAAUGGAGAAUUUAUUAAAGGACUGGCUGACCCAACAGUUCCAUCAUCGCCUCAACUAAUCCGUACCACAAGCUCCAGUUGUGGUAGCAUAGAUACACUUUUUAGCACUGCCACUGUUAACAGUUUUGCUUUUGUAGCACCCACAUCAUACAGACCUUUUGGUACUGCCAGUCAGCCAGAGAAACAAAUAGCAGUUGGCCCUGAUACUGAUACUUACAGGCAUAGACUACAUCAGAGAGACCAGAUAAGAGAACUUGACAGGAAUCUCACCUUGAGGAAGAAGUACCAUCUAUUUGGGAGUGGAACAUUAGUGAAGAGUGGUGUGAAUACCCCUAACCCUAGUCCUGUGAUAGAGAGGAAGAAUAAGGAUACAACAGAUCAGGAGAUACAAAUUCACAAUUUGACUCCAGGAAGCCAAAAUUCAACAUUCGGGAAAAAGAAACGCAAAGCCCCAGAUCCACCUAGAGCUGAGUUUAGUGAUAGUCUCCCAAAUUCAUUAGAUAAAUGUAGGUCUAAGAGUAAGAGUAUGGACAAUGGGGAUCCAGUAGCAGUGAGAAAGCCACGGCACAGGAGAACUGUUAGUGAUUCAUCAAAGGAUAGGAAAGCUGGUGCUUACUGUCACGUCAAGGGAAAGCGUAGAGCUCCACAACCACCGUUGCCAGUCAGUAAUUUAGAGCAGCAAGGUGGCAGCACCUUAGAUAGGUUCCGCAGUCAGUUUGGAAGUUUUGGAAGAAAGAAGAGACCUGCACCACAACCUCCAGAAGAAAGUUUUAAGAAGAGAGAUAACAAGGAACAUCAGGCCUCUCACUCAUAUCAAGAACGAAGCAAAUCAACUGUUGGACAACUCUCUCCUGAAGAAAAAGAGCGCCUUAUUGCAAAUAUAGCUAAGUUGAAGGCUCAUGCUGAUAAGAAGACCAAGAGCUGUAUAGACAUGGAUUCAGAUUCAAGAUUCUCUAGUGAACAAGUUGUAUGUAAUGACUCACUCAAGUUGGAGAGAGGAGUUCUGAAACAAAACAAAGAGUUGCCAAAGUUGGAUACUGUCACUUCAGAAAGUAAAGUAGUGCCAGUGUCACCUAGGCCCUGGUAUAAAAGAAGCCUUACAAACAAGGAUGGGUUAAGUGGACUCAAGAGAGAUAUUUUCAAGAGUCUAGAAAAGAAGAAGGACAGAGAAAAGGAAAAGCAUGAAGAGUGGAUGCCUGAAGUGGGCAUUCCCAGAGUUAUAGGAAAUGGUCUGUCUAAUGAUGGUAGCAGUUGCAGCAGUACUAACAGCAGGUUUAACAUUUUUGCUAGACUUGAAAGGAGUGAUGACAAGAAAAAGGAGGUUGAGAAGCGUAAGUCACAGGUUUCGAUGCUGGCCAACAUCAGUGAGUUAGAUAGGGAAGCUGCAGAAAUUGUUCAAAAAGAGCAAGCACGGGAGCAAGCACUCUUGGCUGCUCAUGAUGCAAAGUUCUACUCCUAUCCUGAUGUACCAGUAAUGGAUGGUUUGAGUGACGAAGUGGAAGUACCAAAGCGUAGCUCUGCUCGUGAACUUAUAUCUCUCUUUAAUGCAAUUGGUAAUGUUACCAAAGUCACUGUCAACUCCACUUUCUUUUCAAAAGAAGGCUCUAGCUUCUUCUCAAGAGAAGGUAUUGAAAAGAGGUUUUCUUUUAUGGGAGAAAGUGUACGUACUAAUGAACAAAGAGUUGUGAUUGGUGAAAAAACAUUUCAACAGCAGCAAGAAAACCAGUCAUUUGUCAUACAAUCUAACAGCUCAUCAAGGAUUUUCCCUGAUGAAGAUAAAUGCAGAAACUUGGCUGAUUCAACCAGAAUGACUGUAACUUCAGAUUUAGCAUCAGACAUUACUAUAGAAGAAAUUAAGGAUGAUCUUGAUAAAUCGUCUCGAUCUAGAGUGAUGUAUGAAGCUAACAAAUCUCAUCGACACCAUUCUCCCAGUCCAAGUAUUCCCACUAUUGCUGAACAGUCAGAAUCUGCAAGUUCCGUAGCCACAACACCAGCUUCUACUCUGGAUGCACACCCAGGUAGUAAUAAUCAUGGCAGUGACAACAUUCCUGUGACUAACACUUCAGAUGAUUUGCAACAUGCAAAACAGGUGACAGUAUGGAGCUGUACUAGAUGCACCCUGGAGAAUCCACGUUGGAAAAUCACUUGUGAUGCCUGUGGUAGGUGGAGGCCCUCUGUUCCAGAUGAGAAGCCAGAUGUAUCAAAAUGUGAUGAGCCAUUUCAACGACCCACAUCACCAUUGCAUGACACUAAGAUACCAGCAAACAAAGUUCAACUUAUAAAAAUGGAAUUAUCAAAGAAAGGGAAGGGAAUUAAUUGGGAAGAAGAGUUGAAGCGAUAUUUACCCAACAAUGAAUUGAAAGCUGUUAGAAAUAAUAAACAUGUUUCCAAGCAGCCCAUUGAAGAUAAAGAUCAUCUUGGAACAGAGAACAUUGCAAGAGUUUCUGUCGAUGGUGUACAGAUAAAUUCAAGCACUAUUAACCAGAAUGGAGCAGUACUUGAAAAUUAUACUGGAAAGACAAAAUGUGAAGAGUUGCUCACAAGCAAAAAUAAAACCAUAACUUCGCCGUCUUUAUUUUCAGGAGACUUAAAACAGGGUAAAGAGAACUUCAACAAAGAUGCAGAAGUAAUUUCUUGUACUGUAACAGUGAAUGGUGCAGGACCAGUAAUUGAAAGACCUGAUGUGGAUGAAGUGAGGAAAGCUAGACUUGCAUUUUUUAAUCGAACAACUGAAACAAAUGAUGACUUGAUUUUCAGUGAUGAAAAUUCUGUGUUAACUACUGUACCAAACAUAGAACAAAAAGUAUGUGAUGAAGUCAGUAGUGAAUUGGUGACUAUGAAAAAUCAGGUAGAUGGAAAUGAACAAUUUAAACUUAGGGAAAUGCUAAAAGAAAUGAAAAAUUCCCUUCCUAAGAGACCCGUUAGAUCCACAAAUAGUAUUGGUAUGAGUAAAAAUUUAGAUGUUGGGAAUAGUUUAACAUCAAGUGAACAUGAUAAUAUUGAAUCAAAACUUGUAAAUGAUGCACAUAAACUUGGUGCAAUUAAGAAAGAUCCACAGAAGAUAUCAAAAUAUGAAUCUAAAAUUAUUAAUAAUACAUCAGGUACUAGAUUUAAGCAAGAAGGUAAACUGAAACUUCCAAAUGGCAUUAAGGAAGAAAACAGUAAAGCAGAGGCCAUUCUCAUUACAAGCAAGACAGUAUAUGAGGAUAUUAAAGUGAAGAAGGCUGUUAAACCUAUGAAGGUAUCAACGUCUGUACAAACAAGUUCCAUCAUGGAAAAGGCUGAAGCAGAAAAAGGAGAAAGGUCAAAGAAUUCAGACUUGGUGCCUGUGACAGUGGAGGAAUUUUCAACUACUGGGAUAAAAGAUGGUGUUCUUUAUACAUCCUUAAACAAGGAGUCACGGCGCAUCGGCAAAGGAACAUUUGAAUUAAUCCAUGCAAGGGAUUUUGCGAAUAUUGAGGCAACAAAAAUUUGUGGUGAAUCGAGUGCUGUCCAUGUCUAUGCCAAUGUUCCUCCAUCUUCCCUCCCAGAACAGAACUCUCACUUUGUCUCUGGAUGUGUUACUCAGCCUGUUUUCCCUUCUCAGCAGCCAGUACCAGCUUUGGUCCAGCAGUGUAGUGGAAACAAAAGGAAUGUUAGUGAAACUGAAGAAAUCACACAGAAUGAAAAGAAGAACAAUCAAGAGAAUCAAGGUGUUGCAUUGUUUGAUGCCACAUCUAGUGUUAUUUCUGCAAAUUCAGAUUCCAACCAAGGAGGACCUAUUCACAUGAAUCAAGCAGCAUCUGAAAUGAGCAAUUUCUCAGUGACAAGUGUCAGCAGUAGUGAUUGCAGUGAGGUUGAAAGGCUAACUGCACAGCUCACACUCCCCAAGGGAAUAGCAGACUUCAAAGCGGAUCUGCAAGCAGCACUUCCACAGCAGAACAUGAAUACCCUUGCUAUUAAUCGUUUACUGCGUCGUCUUGAGGCAGCUAUUGCUGGUGGACAGCAUAACCAGGCAGCAGUGUUAGCUAAGGACCUUGCUCGGCUGAAGAUAAACUGCUCUGUGACUCGACAGCGUCGUAGCUUGGAUGCUGGUCCAGCUUCUAUUUUGGUUGAUAUGUAUGUGGAGGAUAAAGUGUCACACCAAGGACCCAUCUCUCUGCAAGUGAUUCCCACCAUGACAGUUGCUCAGUUGAAAGAAAAAGUUGAAGAGGAAUUUGAGAUUCCAGUUGGAGUUCAGCGCUGGAUUCUUGGAAAGCUGCUGGCUUCAGAUGACACUAAAAUGCUGCAGGAUCACAAUGUAAAUUCCAAUGGCUGUCCAAUGUUCCUUUAUUUGGUUGCACCUGAUGGUGAGCAGGAAGGAGAUGCCAUAGGCACAGCUGGUAGCAUAGAGAAGCACAAUGCAUGUGAAGUUGUUGCUAAAGUUCCUGGUCCACCACCACUGCCUGAGCAGCCUGGAGGCUGGUAUUACAACAAUGAAGAAGAUCGGUACAGUUUUUGUGAGGAUACUGAGUCAGAAAUGACAGAUGAUGAAGAAAGUGAAUUCAAAAAAGAAAAUCCAGUAAAGGAAGCUAAUAAACCAGAUAAAAUUGUUCUUGAAGACAGCAGAAAAGAAACAGAGGAGGAAGAAGAAGAAGAUUAUGAUGAUGAUGGUGGUGGUGGUGGUGAUGGAAUAGUUGGUGCAGCAGCUGUAGUGAUACAUGAAAAACCAGUAGUGCUACAAGCACCAGUCAUUGGCAGACCAUUCAUGACACAGGCUCCGUAUUUCCUGAAAACAGUAGUGGGUCAGCAUCCAAACAAACCAUCUUCAAGCCAAACAUCACAGCUUCAGAGACCACAGAAAAAUUCUAAUCCUUGCAAAAAUCAAGUUUAUCAGUCUCUAGAAGUAACACCGACAGAGAAAGAGAUUGCUGAUCAGAAAUCAGGGACUCUCCGGCUUGGUUGGAAAUGCCCUGUCUGCACACUUGUCAACUCACCAACACGGCCUGGAUGUGCAGCUUGUACAACUGAAAGGCCCUUACGAUACAUUGUGCCAGUGGAGUACCGUGCAAAUAAACAGGAAUUGCAGCGUAUGAAACAGGAGCAAAAGGUGGACAAUGAAUUGCAACAGAUUACUGCAGAAGAGAGACAACGGGAUGCCGAGAAGCAGCAUCAGCAUUACUUACAGCUGGUGGAUCUAGAUAACACAGACUUGGUCCCUAAUGUAGAGCCAUUCGAAUGUUCAGUCUGCAUUGUUCAGUAUGAGGCUGGUGAGGGAGUUGUACUGCGGGAAUGUCUUCAUGUGUUCUGCAGGACUUGUCUUGCAAAUACUGUCCAGUUUAAUGAGGAAGCUGAAGUGAAAUGCCCUUAUAGAGAUGCAGAUUAUGCAUGUAAUAGUGUACUUCAAGAGAGGGAAAUAAAAGCCUUAGUUCCUGCAGAUAUAUAUGAACAACAUUUAGCAAAAUCUGUAGCCCAAGCUGAAAACAAGAUAGGGAAUGCAUUCCAUUGCAAAACUCCUGACUGCAGAGGAUGGUGCAUUUUUGAAGAUAAUGUCAAUGAAUUCAAAUGCCCUGUUUGCAGAAGAAUAAAUUGUCUCACUUGCCAGGCAAUCCAUGAUGGUGUGAACUGCAAACAAUAUCAGGAGCAAGUAAAGCAGGAAUCUGAAACUAAUGCUGAAGCUCGCCGAACAAAAGAGAUGUUGGAGGAAAUGGUUGAACGAGGAGAAGCAAUGAAUUGCCCUACAUGCCAAGUAGUACUGAUGAAGAAGUGGGGUUGUGACUGGCUGCGCUGUUCUAUGUGCAAGACUGAGAUUUGUUGGGUGACACGAGGACCCAGAUGGGGCCCAGCGGGCAAGGGGGACACCACAGGAGGAUGUCAGUGUGGAGUCAAUGGUGUGAAGUGCCAUCCCCGCUGUAAUUACUGCCACUAAGAAGUCUUCUCUCCAUGUGUGAUAAUACAUUAAUGUGAUUUGAAUUUGCAGUGCCUCAAUUUUUUGUAUUUUAAAUGGUGAAUUUUAAUAUUUUUCAUGUUCUAGUCAUAUACAAUGAAUCCAUUGUUUUUUCUAAUUUCGUAAUUAUAAUAAUGUCAUCCUAUAAUUAUACAGACAAACUGCCUUCAGUGUGACAAUAAAGUUAAAAGCAUGUUCUUGUUAA